CUAAAAAAUAUAAAAACAUAUUUAUCCAUAACUAAUAUAAAAAUGGAGGGAAGUAUUUCAGAGGAUCCUAAUUUGGAAAUGAAUAUAGAUUCUAAUGAAAAAAAUAUUAACAUAAAUCCUGAAAAACAAUUAAAUGAUAAAAUAUUAUCUGAAGAAAAAAUAAACCAGACUACAAUGAAAAUUGAUCAUAUUAUAAAAGAUUUACCACCAAAACCUGUAUUAAGCUAUAAUCCAGAUGAAUUAAGAUGGAAUUCUACACAUACAAUAAAUCUAGAACAUGUAUACUGUUACUGUGCUCAAGAUAGAACUUUAGAUGAGCCAGACUUUCAAUGUAAAGUUUGCAAGAAUUUCUUUCAUGCUAGAUGUUUUAGGUCACCUUUAAAAGAAGUAUUACCAUUUUUAAUAAACUAUACACUAGUUUGUAGUUUAUGUAGUAAUACUAAUACUGAAGAAUUUCACCGUUCAAUAGCAUCAUGGAAGGCUAUUUGUGGAAGCGUUAUUGCAAACCUUACAUCCCAAAAAAUAAUAUCAGACCACCCAGAAUGGACGAAAGAUAUGAUUUCUAGUAAAAAUCAUCUAGAAUUAACUAGGCUUGAAUAUUUUUUUACAAAAAAAGCAGAUAUUGUUCCUUUUCUAGAAAAUCAUUUUAAUUGGAAAAUUUUGUGCAUUGAUAAAGAAAAAGCUAGUUCAUGGCAAUCGACACUUGGAAGUCAACUUUUAUCAAGUAAAGAUGCAUUUAGAGCUCAAGAUGAAGGGAAUAGAUCUCAAAAUAGUCCUUAUUCAUUAAUAGAUACAAAUCUUUUUCAAUUUAGAUCAACAUACACUUCUGGCUCACACAAAUUAACAUUAAAUACAUCUCGUAAAAGACAAAAUUCAAUAUAUCAUGACGAAAACAUACAUACAAAAAUUUUAAAAAAUUCUUCUAUUAUUUCUAAUUCUAUUGAAAAUAUUUCUAGUAAUAUAAAAAAAGAAAAUCCCGAGAACAAAAAAGAUAUUAAAGAGCCAAGGGAGAGAAAAGAAACUUGGAAAAAGAAAGAAUCGCAUAUAAAAAAGAAAGACAAAGUAUUAGAUACCAAUAUUUUCGAUAUGUCUAUUCUUCCUAGAAUUCGACCGCCUCCUUAUCGACCUUCUGAUUUCAAUUCAACUCCUCGUUUACCUACAUUUAUAAGAGUUGAAAACAAUAAUAUAAAUCAAGAAUUUUAUUCAUUAACAGAUCAACCAUUCAAUAGAAAAGCAUUUCGAUAUCUUCCUUGUGAAGCAACACCUCUUAUGCCAAAUAUUAUGUAUAGGCAAAUUGAAUUACCUCCUUAUAGAGCAAGAAUUAGCUGGAAUGAUACUAGUCAACAUGUAUUUUUUGAUAGAGAUGGAAUGACAGCAACAACAGAGAAAGGUUUUAGGAUGGCAAGAGCAAAUGUUUGUAUGAACGAAGGAGACUGGUAUUUCGAAUUCAUUAUUGAGAGAGGAAAUGGAGAUCAAGGAGGAUUUGUACGUAUUGGGAUAGCUCGAAGAGAAGCUUCUUUGGAUGCACCUGUUGGAUUUGAUGGUUAUUCUUAUGCUUUGAGAGAUAAAGGAGGUCAAAAAGUUCAUAUGUCUAGACCACGUGAUUUUAUGGAGUCAUUUGGUACAGGUGAUGUAAUUGGAUUCCAUGUAUCUUUCCCAAAAACUACAUCAAAAAAUUCAUCUCUAUUAAAAAAUUAUAUUUUUCGGGAUAGAAUUCCUAUUCGUUACAAAGGACAGCUUUAUUUUGAACAAUUAGAAUAUAUACCUUCAAAAGAGAUGGAAGAUCUAAUGAACCCUGCAUCAAAUGCAGUCAAACCUGCUACUCCUCCACCUAUUAUUAAAAAUUCUUUUAUAAAAGUUUAUAAAAAUGGAAAAUUCAUGGGGACAGCAUUUCAAGAUCUUUAUGCAUUUUUGCCUCCUAACUCACAAACUAUACAAGCUCAAGAUAUAAAUGAUGGAAUGCUAGGCUAUUAUCCUGCUGUAAGUAUGUAUCAUGGAGGCAUAGUAAGACUAAAUUUUGGCCCUCUUUUUAAACACCCCCCUAAAGAUGUUCCACUUGGAUCGGCCGUGAUACCCCUUUUUGAAAGAUAUACUGAACAAAUAGCGGAAGAUAUUGUAUGGGAUUUAAUAGAUGAAAUAGAUUUAAGUUUUUCAAGUGAAAUUAUGGAUUCACUUUCAGCAAUAAGAACAAAAGAAACAACAAACUCGUCAGAAAUUUCAGAAAUUAAAGAAAUAGAAGAUAUUUAAUGUCCAGAUUUUCAAAUCAUACAUACAUAUAUAUAUUACUUAUUA